CAAAACUCUCCCCAACUACAUCAUUGUCGUCCCUCACACGCUGUUCCUUAACACGCUACGUAAUUUACCACAACACCCCCACACAAACCACCCAAAUAACACACCACCAACCACUUCAAUAGAAACAACCCCAAGGGGUAAAACCGCAUCAACACAAAACCCCAAGACCCAGAUAACUUUAUUAGAGCCCCUUAUCCUUCUCUGUCCUCCAUCAUCAUCAAUCUCUGUCAAUUCCAAAUCUCCAUUGCAAUUUCCAGCAAUCCGUCGUCGUUUUUGUCUACACUGUCGCCGGAAAACUGUCUCCGGCAGAUCGGUUCGGAGCUCCGGCGGGCCCAUAUAGAUCUAUAUUCAUAUAUACAUGUAUGUAUGUAUGUAUGUAUGUAUAAUAUGGAGCAAAGAAGGUGGCUAAAGAUUGCAAUUUUGAUGUGCUUGUUAGCUAUGUCUUGCAGUAGAGAACUCAAGGUCAAGCACAAAGAUAAUUUGCCUGUUUACAAUCACACGAUUGCAACCAUAUUAGUGGAGUAUGCUUCUGCGGUGUACUUGUCAGAUUUGACAGAACUAUUUACUUGGACGUGCUCAAGAUGUGAUGAUCUGACUGAGGGAUUUGAAGUGAUCGAGCUGAUUGUUGAUGUCGAGCACUGCUUGCAGGGAUUUGUGGGGGUGGCAAAGGAUCUCAAUGCUAUUGUGAUUGCAUUCCGAGGCACACAGGAAAACAGCAUACAGAAUUGGGUUGAAGAUCUGUAUUGGAAGCAGCUUGACUUAAAUUACCCCAGCAUGCCUGAUGCAAUGGUGCACCAUGGAUUUUAUUCUGCUUACCACAACACAACCAUACGUCCUGGAGUUGUAAAUGCUGUUAAAAGAGCAAAGAAAUUGUACGGAGACAUUAAUGUUAUGGUUACAGGGCACUCAAUGGGAGGGGCCAUGGCUGCCUUUUGUGCACUGGAUCUCAAGGUCAAUCAUGAAACCCAGAAUGUUCAGGUUGUGACAUUUGGACAACCUCGUAUUGGCAAUUCUGCUUUUGUGGCUUACUAUAGCGAACUUGUGCCAAAUACAUUUCGAGUCACAAAUGAACACGAUAUUGUCCCUCAUUUACCGCCAUACUAUCCUCAUCUCACACAAAAGACAUACCAUCACUUCCCAACAGAGGUGUGGCUUUAUAAUGCUGGAUUUGGUAGUUUAGUUUAUCCAGUUGAGAAGGUCUGUGAUGAUUCUGGUGAAGACCCGUCUUGUAGUAGGUCGGUGAUGGGGAACAGCAUUUCAGACCAUUUAGAGUAUUAUGGGGUCGAAUUAGGAGGCGACACCCCACGCACGUGCAGAAUUGUAAUGGACCCUCGUGUGGCUGAGUAUGGUGUGCAAGAUCUCGGGGGGAAUUUUAUCUUGUCCAGAGAUCCUUCUACUUCUGUCGUAAAAUUGAAGAUAGAAUCAAGCAUUCCAAGCAAUGUCAUUUAGAAUUCUGUUUGGCUGGGCUUGUGGUUUGGUUUCUGUUGAAGGAUCAACCUGAGAGAGGUCAUCCCUAGAAGCUUCAGCAUUCUUUAUUUUUAGCACCUGUAGGUCUGAUUGCUGAGUAUGGUAUAUGACUGCUUGGUGGGCGGGUUGGGAUGGCUUUGUGUAUAUAUAUACUCCUCGUAUUGUGUAAAUUAAACAUGUACAAUAACAUUUGAUAUUAAAUUAAUUCAUAAAAUUUCCACUCUA